AUGGGCAACUGUUUGACGGCCAAAUCCGACCGCGACGCCACCGCUCGCCGGCGGACUCCCUCCGCCACCGUCGUUUCCGACGCCGGAGAAUUGCGCCAGUUUCCCCUUCCCGUGACCGCCGCUCACGUCUUCCAAUCGCUCUCCUUGUCGCCGGAAUCCUUCUUCAUCUGCAACUCCGAUCGCCUCUACUUCGACGAAUUCAUACCCUCGCUCGACCUCGCCGACGACCUCCAGCCGGCGCAGAUCUACUUCCUCUUGCCGGCCUCCAGGCUCCAGUAUCCGCUCGCCGCCGCCGACAUGGCGGCGCUCGCCGUCAAGGCCAGCGCGGCGCUGGAGCGGAUCAACGGUGGCCGGAAGAGGAAGGCUCGGAUUUCGCCGGUUCUGGCGGCGGAGGAGGAUCCGCAAUCGAAUCAUACGGUCAAUUAUCUCGUUACAAGCGGCGCUGCUUCUGGAAAACCCGCGGCGCCGGCGCCGGCGGUUUCGAGAUCUGGUUCGGUGAGGCGGUUAAGGAGCUACUCAUCGCGACGAGCAAGGCUGGCCGUCCGAUCCUUCAGGAUGAAGCUGACGACGAUCAACGAAGGAUCUUCGUUCCGGCUCACUUCAUAA